AUGGCCGACGACGACUCUAGUCUUUCCCUUCCAAACCCGGACGGAGGAGCCCUCGGCUUCCCCUCCCACUUCUACCCCUUCGCAACCUCCCCAGAUAUCAUCCGCUCACACGAGAAGGAUGCAUACAUGACAGCAGGGCUCGUUCAACAAGCGCAAACAAUCAUUCGCUCACUAAAAGGCGCCCGCUUCGCCCAUACCUACUCCGACGCCAUCAAGAAUCUCACCGAACUCCUCUACUUCUCUCUCACCACCGCAAUCGGAAACCGCACCCUUGGUGAAGAAUACUGCGACCUAGUCCAGCUGGAAGAUGACUCCCUCCGGCUGCCUGCAAUCACUCGCCGUGUCGGAUACAUCCUCAGCAGCAUCCUUGUGCCCUGGUGGCUGCAGCGGCUUCUACCUGCGUUGCGACAGCGAGUGAGAAAUAAACUGGAGCGGAGCAUUGCGCGACAGCAACUCCGGGCGGCACAGCAGCAGAUGCCCACACUAUCGAAACCGAUCAACCUCAAUAAUAAUAAUAAAGCGGUGUCCAAGCCGUUCUUCACGAAGCUGCGCAUUCAGCAGUACAUCCUUGAUCAUUUGGAUUCGAUGACUUCGCUCUCGCCGAUCUAUGCUCUUAGUAUCGCGACUUUCUAUUUCACGGGAUCGUACUAUCAUCUUUCAAAGCGUAUCUGGCGCUUGCGCUACGUUUUCACCAAAAAGAUUGAUGAGAAUGAACAGCGCAUCGGAUAUGAGGUGCUUGGUGUAUUGAUGGUCCUUCAGGCUGCUGUGCAAGGCUUUCUGCACGUGCGCAAGAUCGGCGAGAGUAUGAAUGAUGCAAAUACUGAAGGUUCUGGAGCUGAGGCUGCAUCGUCUCAGGGCGGGGCAGUCAUUGCUUCAAUUCAGAACCCCACUUCGGUGCCAAUGUUGUCUGCUUCAUCUCCUCGAUAUGACCUUGAGGAAGACCCAGGCGCAGUUGCGUGGAUCCCAGAUGGACAGCAGCGGAAGUGCACAUUGUGUUUGGAUGCGUUCAAGGAUCCAAGUCUUACAACUUGUGGCCAUGUGUUUUGUUGGAUUUGUGUCAGGGACUGGGUGCGUGAGAAACCGGAGUGUCCGCUUUGUCGACAAGAGGUGCUACUGUCCAAGAUACUUCCCCUGAGAGGGUGA